CGUGUACGCCUCCGUGUGUGUGUGUGUGUGUGUGUGUUUGUGUGUGUGUGUUGCAGAUGCAGGUCGCUCCGUGAGACAGCGAGGCAGAAAAGGAGGAAGAGGAGCAGCAGAAGGAGGGAGGAAGGAUGAGAGGGGGAAUGUCGAAGUGGCGCGGACGUUGAGGACACACUCGCCACACUCGAAGACAAACGUGGACUUUUUUUUUUUUUUUUUAAACAGAACGUCAAUCAUGGAGGACUCGGAGCCCGCAGAGGACGGCUUGCUCGCGGGCUUACGGUGGAACCGGAGCGCACGGGACCAAGCUCAGCUCAAGCACAAAAUCCGGGACCUGCCGGGACUACUUAAGCACGGGCUGCACCUGCGGAAGAAGAGCCAAUCACCCGACACAAUCCCCGGACCAAGUGCUGGACCUACGGUACACAAGUCGUGCUCCCAGAGUUUUCCAUGCGCAGGCAGAGCUGUGAGAAAUGCCUUCCUCUCCCACGGACCGUACCCAGCUAAGGAUAAGAUCCACCUAGCCAGAAUCAUACGACGCAGCUAUGUGGGCGUGGAGCUGGUGCAGUGGCUGUGUGAGCAGUGUGUGUACGUGCGCUGUCGGACCACCGCCGUGCGGGUCUGGCAGGUGCUGCUGGAGCUGGGAGUCCUUCUGUCCGUGGACCAGCGAGUGGUUUUCUCCGACUCCAACACUUAUUACCAGUUCAGUUUCGAAGAGUGUGACUCAACUUCCUGCGAGUUUCGCACCAAUGAAGGGGAGUGGCCAGAGGCUGUUAGGCUCCUCCUACAACUUGCACCAUAUGUUCAAUUUCGCACUGGCGACAGAACCAACAGCCCGUCAGAGGAAGACUCUGAAGGAAACAGGGAUGUCUGCAGUGAGAUUCUACAGAUGAAAGCACUGGAAAGGCUCACAUCCACAGUGCAAAAUGAGCUGGCAGCAGCUCUUGCCCGGAAGACACGCAAAGCUUUAUCAGAGCAGGACUCUGAAAUGACGGAGACGAGGCAGCAGGAGAUACGCUCGCCCAGCGCUGAGACCAGCCCGCUGGGCAGUGUGUGUGCUCUGCGGGACGGCGGCGGCGGAGUCGGUGGAGGAGGAGGAGGAGGCGGUGGCGGCGGGAGUACAGGGAAUGUGUGCGGCCGUGAAGAACUGACCAGCCGACUGGGCUUUGAGGCCGUUCAGCGUCUUGCCAAGGAUGGCUGCCGGCUGCUGCAGAACCACAACUACCGGCUUCCUGAGAGGAACCAGGCGGAGGUUGUCGGGAGGGUUUGUCUGAAGGAGCGAGGGCGAGACGUGCUGGUGUUGCAGAGAGUGACGUCGUCGCUGACAUCUCCGUCAGAACGGCCCUCGCCGACAUCUUCAGGGGGCGGGUCCAGAGAGGAAGACAAAAGGUAUGUGGUGGUGUCUGGAACGCCCUUGAAGAUCCUGGAGCAUCUGCUAAGUGACCUGCGACUAGAUGACCAAAGAGGGGCGCCGGAGUGCAAGGAGAGUGAAGUGCUGUUGGAUGACUUCCUGUUGACCUACCUGGUGUUCAUGUCCACCCACGACCUCUGCCAAGCUCUGCUGGGACACUAUAGCAGCGCACGCAGCAGGGGCCAGGAAGAGGGCAAGGACACCCUCUUCAGGAAGCGCAAGGUCCUGCAGCUGGUUUCCCACUGGAGCCGACUCUACAAGGACUUUCUCAAAGAAGAAGAGCAUGUUCGGGGCUUCAUGAAGACUCUUUACAGGUGUGUAUUAGAGGAUCUGUACGAGUUCCCUACACUGGAGAAAGACCUGAAAGAGUUCCAGAAGCUUCUGCGUCGCAGACACACCGUGGAUGACUGUCCUCCCAACCAAAAGAGCAAGCAAAUGCACCCGCAGUUGAGUCUGAAGGAGAACUGUUUGCAGCUUCGAAGUCCGCAAUCUGAGACGAGAGAAGUUAUUUGCUGCGUGUACGUGACCACCGACUCCUACCUGAGCGUCCACACGCAUCCCUCGCUGGAGGCUCAUGAGCUGCUAAGAAUAGUCGGACUGAAGAUGGACAAGUCAGAAGAGGACAUGGUGCUCGCCGUGGUGUCUCACACAGGAGAGCGGAGGAUGCUGCAGCCUAGCGACUGUGUGUAUUCAGAGUCGCUGACCCCACAGGGCAAGCUUGUCGCCUGUCGCAGGGACCUCACUGAGAUGCUGCCUCCUUUAACAGACGGCGCUGAGCUCAGCAGGAGGCCUGUGCGCCUUUUAGGAAUCAACACGUGGGACGUGGCGGCAGCUCUCACACACCUAGACUGGAGCCUCUUCAAAUCCAUCCAUGAGCAAGAGCUGGUGUACUACACCCUCAGCCGCAUUCCCGGCGGCGGCCACACCGCCGCCCUCUCAGUCUUGCUGCAGCGCUGCAACGAGGUCCAGCAGUGGGUCAUGUCCGAGGUUCUCAUGUGCGUGUCGCUCAACAAGAGAGUGCAGCUGCUCAAGAAGUUCAUCAAGAUCGCAGCGCACUGCAAAGCUCAAAGGAAUUUGAACUCCGCUUUCGCCAUCAUCAUGGGUCUCAACACAGCGGCAGUCAGUCGGCUCAACCAAACCUGGGAGAAAUGUCCCGGCAAGUUUAAGAAGCUUUUCUCAGAGCUGGAGCUAAUCACGGAUCCAUCGCUGAACCACAAAGCCUACAGAGAAGCUUUUAAGAGAAUGAAGCCUCCAAAGAUCCCUUUCAUUCCUCUUCUCCUGAAAGAUAUCACCUUUAUCCACGAGGGCAACAAGACCUUCCAUGAUAACCUGGUUAACUUUGAGAAGUUGCAUAUGAUCGCGGACACGGUUCGAAUGAUUCGACACUGCCAGAGCGACCAACCUGGCAACGAGGUCAUCGGGGUGGACAGCGCAGAGUUGAGGACGAGCGUUCACUACCUGCACAUCAUCGACAAUCAGCAGACGCUCUUCGAGCUGUCCCACAAACUGGAGCCUCGGGCCUAAUAACCAGGAGCACGGAACUGCUGCGGUAUCACAAGCACUGAUUAUCGUGUGGACGCAAACGGCAACGAACAAGCAGCGGGGGGUGCCAAGUCUAGCACAAGGUGCCAUUUUUUUUUUUUGGAGGGGGAGUGUGUAGAAACAACGCUCGCCUCUAAAGGACACACAGAAGGGUGUAAGGAUGUUGUACAGUAUCUAUCGGACUAAAUACGACCUUGUUUGCUUUUUGUGAUGAGCUUUUGGUUAUUUAUCAGCCUGUCAAGCAGGUGGAAUGUUCCUUUUUUUAUUUGUGAUGGCCUCGUCAUUUCAGUUACAAGGGGAGAAAAAAAAAUGCCUAUUGAAGAUUUUGAUGUCGUCGUUAUAUAUUUUACUACAUAAUACAAGCCGGACUGAUUCCGCACUUGUCACAGCUGCUACAGGUAAACCGUGUUUAUUUGUUGUCAUUUCUUGUGUAACACAAAGACAAAGGCGUUCUUGACACAUACCUCCACUUUUAUCCUUUUUGUCACGACUAACAAACACAACCAGUGCCACUUUGAAUAACGUACUGAAAGAAUUAAGAGACCCUUUUUGACUGAUUUUUGAAGUCCAGAGUGCGCAACAAUGCUGCUUUGUUCAUCAUGCACUUACUGAUGAUGGGUUUGUGUGACUAGAUCCGGACAUUUAAGUGUAGAUUUACCAUGUAUGGACACUAUACAUCAGGUCUGCAGCACUCCAAAGGUGUUGAUCGUUUUCUUUCCAUGAGCAGCUAAAAAAAAAAAAAAAAAAAUCAGUCAUUUCACAGCCUCAUUAUAACAACAUUUCCCCGGCCUUUUAUUUGUCAUCUUGGAGUUGCAAGACAGUUCUAUUCAGACCUUAGCACAUCUUUGUUAAAUAGAUUCAAUUUCAGACAUAUUGUUGGGAAUAUUUAAUGAGCUCCAAUACAAGAACAGUAUUGAAACAUUUACUGCCAUUACAAUGAUAAUAAUGCACAUUUUGUAAUCUAUAUUGGAUAUAUAACGAUUUUGUUUUGAAUGAAUACCUCUCUGAUUGAAAAGAUACCACUUAGAAUGUGAUUCUGUACUUGUAAAAAAAAAAAAAAAAAGAUUAAAACACAUGGGAGGGCCGCUGUUAUGCAAUCUUUCAUGUGGGAAAUGUCCUUUAAGAAGAAUGUUAGUGCCAAAUAAAUAGUUGCCAGAAGCGACUUGACUUAACUGGGAUGCUGUGAAGGAGGAGGAAGUCGUGUUGCCAACACUGUUAAGUGUAGAUAAACCAUGCAGCAUGAUAGGGGAAAACAUGAACCAAGGGAGUUUGUUGUCUGUUUUAAUGGAGCGGUCAAAAUAAGGUUCGGAAAAUAAUGCGGAAAAUAAAUUCUUCUGAGAGAUGUUGCCAGGUAGUCUUAAGGAACAAAUUUACAAGUGAUGCUCAUCUCUUGGAGACCUUUGAGGUUGUACUGUAUUUAGUGUUUUUAAGAGUCAUGACUGUUUGCAUGAUAUUAAAAAAAAGGACAAUGCAAGAGGGCAUGUUGAAGGCUUUGUACUUAUGUAAUAUGUGUAAAUAUAUACGCCCGUGUGCUGUUCUUAUUUAUUUGUUGCGGGGCAGGAGGAAAAAGAAAAGAAAACCACUAAGCAAUAUGUUCAUGUCCACUCAAUGUCUUUUCUAUAGAGCUGUUUUACUAUGUGGAACAUUUGAACUGAAAUGAAUAAAUUAUAGCUUUUAUGUCAA